AUGACGUCGUCGACUGGUGAGAGUUCUAAUCUGAGCAAUGCAAAAAACAAAUCGCUUGAUUUUCAGUGGCUUCAGAGUCGGGCUCAAACGAUUCGCUCAAAUCAACAACGACAAAAACUUCGGAGGCAUCGACGAAAAAAGAGCCAACGAAAUCGGCGGAGAAGCGCGAAGAGGAUGGAUUUGCGAAUCCGUUCGAAUUUGUGCUAACUGCACUUGGUUUGGCUGUUGGGCUUGGAAAUAUUUGGCGUUUUCCAACAAGAGCUUUUAAUAAUGGUGGAUGUGAGUUGGAAAUUGGAGAGGGUUAGAAUAAGCACGGCGUUUUGGAUUUUGAGAAAUUUGAAUAUUGAAGGAGAGGCUCUUUCGAUCGAGGUCACGUCAAGUUUUCACGUUUUUUUUUACUGUUGAAAACUUUUUCAAAAGUAAGCCAGAGUGCAAUUUCAGAAAAACAAUUUCUAGGCACGCCUGCUUGACAAUUAGACUCUCUAGGAGAGACUACUUGGGACCUUGAGUUUCUAGGCGCUGCUCCUUCACAAUCGAAUUUUCUAGGCGUGGUUACUUGACAACUAGGGCUUCUAGGCUUGGCCACUUGGCAAAUCAGCUCUCAAGUCUUGGCUUCUAGCCGGAGUAGUUCUCUAGGCGCCGGUCCUAGACAAUUAUGUUCUAUAGGCUCGGCUGCUUGAACUCUAAAGGCUUCCGUGUGUGAAAAAUCAUCUGGUAAUCUCAGAAGUUCAGAAUUCAGAACACCUUAGCCAAGAUCUAGAACUAUACAAAAGAAAAUCAUAAUUUCAAAAUUUUCAGCCGCAUUUCUCAUACCAUAUAUAAUAUGUGCAAUAACUUUCGGACUUCCCGCGAUUUAUCUCGAAUUCCUCGUUGGCCAAUAUCAAAGAGCAUCACCACCAAUCGUCUUUCGUCGCAUCAAACCAAUUCUCGAAGGAAUUGGAUGGGGAUGUGCUUUUGUCUCAACAAAUGUCGCCAUUUAUUACAUUGUUAUUAUUGCCUGGGUCGGAAUUUAUAUUGUAAAUCUAUUCCGUGGUCAUAUCAAUAUUUGGAACAAUUGUGAUAACGCCUGGAACAAUGUAUCAACUUGUAUUGAUAUGGUUGCUCAAAAACAGUGUCGCACAUCAAAUCCACCAGGAUGGAAUUUGACUGGCACCGAAACGCAUCGCCCUGAUGAAUUUAUAUUUUUGAAUGGAUCUUGUGUUGAUAAAUCACUUCACACUGGUGUCAAAUUCAUCUCAGCACCCGAACAAUAUUUAUAUGUGAAUAUUAUUCAAAGAUCGAAUGGUCUUUUGGAUAUCAAUCAUAUUAAUUGGCAAGUUUUUGGUUCAAUCACUAUUUGUUGGGUGCUUACCGCUCUGUUGAUUUGGAAAGGAAUGAAGAUGCUUGGAAAAGUUUCAUACGUAGGUUUUGAAUAGGAAUUCAUGUUUUCUAGUGAUUUCAAGCCGCUGAUCACGAACUUCUAAUAUAAGUUAUGACGUGGCAACGUUGGAGAAUUACGAAAAAUUGGGAAUCUUCUGCUGAUCUUCAUCCCGUUGCCAAAAAUUGAAAAACUCUCCUCCUAAUAUGAGCUAUGACGUGAUAAAUUCAGAAUUAUCGGAUGUUCAAGCUUUGCCACGUCAUAACCCAUAGUAGGAGUUGAGUUUUGCAAAUUUUGACAUCGGAAUUGUGCUCAGCGGGUUAAAAACUACUAGAAACCAUAUAUUUCAUCACAAAAUAAGUUAUGACGUGGCAAAGUUUGAAGAUUUCGGAUAAUCAAUGUUCCAAGACCCGAUUUUUCGGAAUCUUCCAGCUUUGCCACGUCAUAACCCAUAGUAGGAGUUGAGUUUUGCAAUUUUAUAGCCAACAAAUUUAUUUCAGUUCCCUUUUUGCAGAUUACUGUAGUUCUUCCAUACAUUCUCGUAGUUGUUCUUUUUGUUCGUGGUGUCACCUUGGAAGGCGCUUCAACCGGACUCUAUUAUUAUUUCCUGAAUCCAGAUUAUUCAAAAAUCAUGUCGCCAAGAACCUGGUCCGAAGCAUUGAAACAAUUGUGUUUCUCACUUUCAUUAGGACACGGUGGUUUAAUGAGUAUGGCCUCCUACAAUCAUCCGAAAAGUAAUUGCCUUCUCAACGCAUUUAUUGUGAUUGCCGGUGAUACAAUGAUGAGUGUUAUUGGCGGUGCAGCUGUGUUUUCGACUCUUGGAUUUUUGGCGAAUCAAAGAAAUGUGACAGUUCCCGAAGUUGUUGAGAGUGGCAUCUCGUUGGCAUUUGUUGUCUAUCCUGAAGCAUUAUCUCAAAUGCCACUUCCAUGGUUGUGGGCUGGAUUAUUCUUCAUUAUGUUGUUCUUGUUGGGAAUGAGCUCGGAAUAUGGUUAGUGUGGGAGCUUUUGAAGCGGGCCGGGUUUUGAGAAAAAUUCUGAACUAGAAAUUUCACCGCGUGAAUUUUGGAACCAAAAAGAUUCUGGUUUACUGUAGUUUUGAGCACCAGAAAUUUGAAUUUUUUUAAAAAUCAGACUGAUUUUAAGGAUUUCCAAACAAAUUCUUUAAAAAUUAUUCUUGGCAGAAAUUUUACCACGUGGCUUUUUAGCGCUAAAAAUUUGAAAUUCAAAAAAAAAUGGCCCUAAACACCAGGUUGCAGUAAUUUCAAAAAAAAUUGUUUUUAAAUUUUUCUGGCAGAAAUUGAGCCACGUGGCUUUUUAGCGCUAAAAAUUUAAAAUUAAAAAAAAUAGGUCCUAAACACCAGGUUACAGUAAUUUCAAAAACAAAUUCUUUAAAAAUUAUUCUUGGCAGAAAUUUCACCACGUGGCUUUUUAGCGCUAAAAAUUUGAAAUUCAAAAAAAAAUGGCCCUAAACACCAGGUUACAGUAAUUUCAAAAAAAAAUUAUUUUUAAAUUUUUCUGGCAGAAAUUGAGCCACGUGGCUUUUUAGCGCUAAAAAUUUAAUAUUCAAAAAAUGGCCCUAAAAAUCAAACCACAGUAAUUUCAAAAAAAUUUCAGAAUAAACUAUUUUACCACGUGGUGUUUUGGCCCUGGAAAACUAAAAUUCGAAAAAAAUUGGCCCUAAAAAUUAGGCCACAGUAAUUUCAAAAAAAAAUUGUUUUCAAUUUUUUGGCAAAUUUUACCACAUGGAUUUAAAAAAAAGGAACUUUUCUAGAAUCGCUAAAAAGAAAAUCGAAUUUUUCUCAAAAAAAUCAGACCUGGCUCGAUUUCUCUGAUCUUCUAAAUCUCCCGAUUUUUCCAGCAUUGACCGAAGUAUUCUGCACCUGCCUCUAUGAUCAAUUCCCAAAACUUCGCACUAAAAAAUUGCUGGUCGUCACCCUUUGGUGCACUCUUCUCUACGUAAUUGGUCUCAUAUUUUCAAGCGAUGCCGGUUUCUAUUGGUUCGAAUUAUUUGAUGAAUUCGGCGCUGGUUUCGCAUCAGUUCUUUCAGUCACAAUUGAAAUCAUUGUUCUAAUGUACAUCUACGGACAUCGUCAUAUGAAAACCGAUAUUGUUGAAAUCUGGGGUGAGGCAAGAACCAAGUUUGGAAAGUAUUUCGGAGCGAAUUCACCAUAUUGGCGUUUUAAUUGGAUGUUUAUGAGUCCAAUAAUUGGUGGUGUUUUGUGUGGUUUGUGUGUUUGGAGAGAUUAUCCAUAUAAUGGAGAUGGUGUUAAAUAUCCACCAUUAUUCGAUUAUAUUGGCUGGUUUAUUGCAUUAAUUCCCGGUUCAAUGAUUAUCAAUUUCGCCAUUAUAAAUAUGAUGAGAUUCCAAAAAGCUGGAUAUCCUCUUAAAACUGUUUUCAUGCUUCAAAAACAGCAUAAAUCGUAUCCACGUAUUUCGGAAGGUUUUACCGAAAAGCAAAAAGAAGACGCGAAAUUGUUGCCAGAAUAUGAGCCAUGGGAUGUUAAUAAUAAUAACAAGAGAGCGAGUUUGUCGGAUAAAAGUGUUGAAGAGGGAAAAAGUUUGAAGGAUAAUUCGAAGGCGUCGGUGAAAAGUGUUAAGCAAGAGUUGCAGGAUAUUCGGAAAGAUAUGAAGAGUAUGAAAGAGCAAAUUGAUGAUAUGAAGGAGGAAUUGACUAUGGGACCAAUGGCUACGAAAUCGACAUCGAAAAAUUAA